AUGGCGAGUUCAAGGGUGAUCGGGGCUGCGUUUUUGGUCUUGCUUAUUGUAGACCUCACCUUUGCUGCUAGGACACUAAAGGGAGGUGGAGGUGGAGGUGGAGGGAAGGGAGGUGGUGGUGGUGGUGGAGGUGGUUCAGCAUCACGACUUGGGUCAGGUUAUGGUUCUGGGUCUGGGUCUGGGGGUGGUGAGGGAUAUGGGGGUCCUGAGGAAUAUGGUGGUGGUGGUCAUGGAGGAGGCGGGGGAGGUGGAGGUGGAAGUGGAGGUGGAGGCGGCAGCAGUGGCUAUGGUUCUGGCUAUGGGUCUGGUGGUGGCUCAGGCUAUGGUUCCGGUGGUGGGAAAGGAGGUGGUGGAGGUGGAGGUGGUGGCAAAGGAGGAGGUGGUGGUGGAGGUGGAGGCUCAGGGUCAGGAAGUGGUUCAGGCUAUGGAAGUGGAAGCGGGUCAGGAUAUGGAAGUGGAAGCGGCGGUGGCAAAGGUGGAGGUGGGGGUGGAGGAGGAGGAGGAGGUGGUGGUGGUGGGGGCGGAGGAGGAUCCGGCUCUGGUUCGGGUUAUGGUAGUGGGUCAGGUUAUGGGGAGGGCUACGGGUCUGGACAUGGAGGAGGGGAAGAUGAUGGCUUUCCAUGA